AUUACCAUCACAAUUUCAACUACUUACAAAUCAUUCUUCAUAAUUUAAUCAUUUGUAAUGAGGCCAGAAAUUUAUGUAACACAUCAAAUACGCAAAAGGUAAUUCGUGUCCAAAUUUACACGUUGAAUAGUCCUAUCAAGGCAGAGAGAAUAUAUAAGGAGCAGUCAACAGUGUUUACUUGUCAAAUGUUGAUACGGUUGGGAGGACAAGUGUUUCCAAAUACACUCUAUAGACCAAUUAAUCUGCUCUAAAAACUCCACGACCAUUUAAAACUGUUGCAUUUGUACACUGAACUCGAGGAUAUGCGAGUAUCCUGUCAUUAUUCGCCGUUGCAACUCGAGCUGAAUCAUUAGCAAUAUAAAAAACCCUUUAACAACUUGAAAUUCCCGACCAGUGAUUUGAUCUUUCAUUCUUGCUGUUCAUUAACGUUGUCAUAUUCUUCAAUGAUGAUGGAAAGAAUCGUCACUCUGUCCAUUUUAUCUAUCGUAUUGGUCUCAUCUGCACCAACUACAACUCCAAAUUACUGGGCCCUGCGGCACAAUAUUUUACAUGAGGAGGCAGUUCAAUCCAUUGGUGGCAAUCUCCCCCUAGAAGGCCAAGAGAGAGCUGCCAACACACGUUUAAUGAUUCACAAGAAGCAGGAGAUCGAUAAAGCAUUUCUCAACCCCGACAUAUUCCUCCCAGCGAGAAAUUUCCUCGAAGCCUUCGGGGAUAUUGAGAAAUCCCGGGUAUUCCAAAUAAUUAAGAAACUCCCCAAGGGUGCAGUUCUGCAUGUUCACCACAAAGCUAUGGUCCACGCCGAUUGGAUCUACAACGCAACAUUCAGGGAAAAUUUGUACGUCUGUGACAGAAAUGGUGAUCUCGAGCUUCAAUUUUUCCGAACACCCUCAAGAGAUUGCGACUGGAAACUCUUGAGUCAUUUAAGAAAAAAUCCAAUUCUUGCUGAAUCCAUUAAUGAAAGGAUUCGGAAGCAGCUGACAAUGGUUGUGGAGAAUCCUGAACAGGUGUAUUCACAUAUAGACGUUGGUUGGAUAAAGUUUGAACAGAUUUUCGAUUUUAUCACACCGGUUAUUGGGUAUAAACCCGUCGCCGAGGACCAUUUUUACCAGGGACUCAAAGAAUUAUACGAUGACAAUGUUUUGUAUGUGGAAGUUAAAUCGGGAGUGCCAAAACUUUAUGAUCUUGAUGGAAGAAGAUACAGCGAUAAUGAGGUCGUCGGGAUCUUUGAGAAAGUUACACAGAGGUUCAAGAAUGACCACCCCGACUUCAUCGGUGUGAAAAUAAUAUACACAAAAGGAAGAAUGCUGAGCGACGCAAAAGUUCACGGUUUCAUGGACAGAGUUGUACAAUUAAAGAGAGAUUAUCCCGAUUUCAUCGCAGGAUUUGAUUUGGCCGGUCAAGAGGACAAGGGAAAAACCCUGAGAUCAUAUGCCGAUAGAUUGAACGAAUUGAAAAAACAGAUAAACUUUUUUUUCCACGCUGGAGAAACAAAUUGGUACGGUACGAGCACCGACGAAAAUUUGAUUGACGCUGUACUACUCAAUACCAAGAGAAUCGGCCACGGUUAUGCAAUUAUGAAGCAUCAGAGGGUACUGGACUAUGUCAAGUUAAAUAGAAUUGCUAUUGAAGUCUGUCCAAUUUCUAAUCAAGUGCUGGGGCUCGUCAAGGACCUGCGAAAUCAUCCAGCGUCAGUGUUAUUCGCUGAGGGAGUUCCGGUGGUAAUUUCCAACGAUGACCCAGGCCUGUGGGGCUCCAGAGCACUCAGUUACGACUUCUACGAGGCGUUUAUGGGCAUCAUGUCCGGAAAUGCGGAUAUACGGGCGCUCAAACAACUCGCUAUGAACUCAAUUAUCUACAGCAGCCUCUCACCGGGUGAACAAGCACGUGCCAUGAACAUUUGGAAGAAGAAGUGGAUCUCCUUUGUCAAUGAACUCAGCAGCGGAAUAAUUUAAACUCUUCACUUGUUGUUAUUAUUAUUAU